UUUACAUUAAAUGUCGCCCAAAUGAAAAUUGUCAUUUAUUUUGUGAACAAAAGUACAUAAGUUAUUUUUAUGUGUAAAUAUAACAAAGAAAUGACCAUACAGUGAAAGUAUAAAUAAAAUCUACAAGAAUGUCGUAUUUACGUGGGUCUGCCAACUAUGUCUGGUGUACGACAAGUGUCCUGGGUAAAGGAGCAACGGGUGCCGUUUUCCAAGGAGUAGAUAAAAAUAACGGCGAGCCAGUUGCCGUAAAAACAUUCAACCAAUUGAGUCACAUGCGGCCUAUGGAUGUUCAGAUGCGCGAAUUCCAGGUUCUGAAAAAAGUAAAGCACGAAAAUAUUGUAAAAUUAUUAGCCAUCGAAGAGGAGCAAGAUGGUCGUGGUAAAGUUAUCGUGAUGGAACUUUGUACAGGUGGAAGUCUCUUUAAUAUCCUUGAUGAUCCUGAAAACACAUAUGGGCUCGCAGAGAACGAAUUCCUCCUUGUCCUCGAACAUCUUUGCGCCGGGAUGAAACAUCUGCGUGACAAUAAUCUCGUACACCGCGAUCUCAAACCUGGUAACAUAAUGAAGUAUAUUGCCGAUGACGGCAGCACGAUUUAUAAAUUAACAGACUUCGGCGCUGCGAGAGAAUUAAACGAAGACCAGCAAUUUUUUUCACUCUACGGUACUGAAGAAUAUUUGCAUCCUGAUAUGUAUGAGCGCGCAGUUCUUCGUAAGCCAGUGAACAAAACAUUUGGUGCAACUGUUGAUCUAUGGUCUAUCGGAGUCACUCUUUAUCAUGUAGCUACAGGUAAUUUACCAUUUCGUCCCUUCGGCGGGCGACGUAAUAAAGAAACCAUGUACUUUAUUACGACAAGAAAAGACUCCGGAGUAAUAUCGGGAACUCAGACCUCAGAAAAUGGUCCCAUUGAGUGGAGCAAAGAAUUACCUAGCAAUUGUAGGCUCAGUUAUGGUUUAAAAAAAAUAGUAACUCCACUUCUGGCUGGUUUACUUGAAGUUAACAAACAGUACAUCUGGAGUUUCGAUCGUUUUUUCAAUCAAGUCACUGAUAUUUUAUGUCGUACUCCCAUUCAUAUAUUUAAUUUUCAUACAAUGCAGUCAUUGAAAGUUUAUCUUCAUCCUGAUGACAAAAUUCAGUCACUGAAAGCUCACAUUCAAGAGCAGACAGAAAUUCCACCUCAUGCUCAAAUUAUUUUAUUUGACGAAACGGUUUUGUCAAAAAUAAUCGAUGAAAAUACUGUGGCAAAAGGGUAUCCAAUCACGACAAUGGAAAAACCAUUCGCUGUAUUUUCUCGAGAAAAUAACAACGUUGUAGCUGCGGUGAUCAGCGGGUUUGGUAAUUUGUUACCAUCGUCGCCAAUUGUUUCUUCGUCAUCGUCAUCGGCUACCACGACAACGGGAACGACUGUGAUAAAUAAUUCAACAUCUAGUGGACUGGAUGCUGCAGUUUCUUCGACGUCAUCAACAUCGUCAAAUAGAGAAAAAACUAAAUCAUGUAACAGUGAAUCGAUUGUCUUUCCGACUUUUGCUAAUCUUGUGUCGGUGGAAAAUGAUGCGAGUCAAGCAAAGUUGGCCUGCUCUGUUGGACACUCGUGCAAACGUACUGUAGAUAGAUUGUCUAUUUCUAGCAAAUUGUCUCAAGACUCAGUCAAUGCUUUUGUAAAUCUUUUGUCAUCUGAAUUGACGAGACUGACUGGUGAGGUUGAUCGUCUGAGAGAAUUGACGAAAGCUAUUGAAAAAAUUUUCACUGCGACUGAACAUGGGGAAUUCAUUGGGUUCCAGGCGAUUAAAAAGUUAUCAAAUCCAUCGUCAAUGCCGCAUAUUUUAUUGAAUAAUGAGAGGAAAAUUAAUGAGUGGCGGAUGGAAUUAGAAUCUAAAAAUAAACAAUUGUUUUCUGAACUUGCUCCUGCAAUUGCUCAACUUUACCAAAGAUACGUCAAAGAUGAAGUUUUAAAAGCUGAAUGGGAAUCAGCAACACGACAAUUAACCUGCCCAUGGAAAACGAAAGCAAGUCAAAGAGCAUCAACUCUCGUAGACCGACUCCGAGAUGGCUGGCAACAUCUUCUGAGAGAUCGCGCUACCCGGACACUCACCUAUAAUGACGAACAAUUCCACGUGUUAGAAAGGAUAAAAGUGACAGAAACCGGUCGCAGACUUAAAAUGCUUUUAGAAACAGAAUGUAUACCCGCGGUUGUCCAACGUUCUGAGUCUUUAGCAGACUGGUACAAAAUGGUCCAGACAAUUUACCUCCAAAGCCAAAUAUUAGACAAAGAUUUAAAAAGUUACAGUAAUUCACUGGAGUCAUUUUCCUGCCGCAUGAGUCAAGAGGGUAAUGAACAUUACGAGGCAUUGUCAUCAUUUCUAAAUACAUUACCAGUAAAACAAUCCACUAGCCAGACGUCAAAUCUUCCGGGUUCCAUUCGUGAAGAAGGAACAAAAAUGUGGCGAAAUAUUUGUGAUACCCAGCAUAAAAUAGCUCUAAUACUUUGUGAAAAUGAUCUGUUGGUUGAUAAAAUCAAUAAUUUGACAAUUAAUUAUGAUAAUUACAAUACUAUCAAAGAAUUUAAUGACUCAGAUAAAAAUUUAACAGAUGAAGAUACCGACGAAGAGAUAAAUUAUAAAAAUAAUCAACAGUUCAUAUUAUCAUAA